UCACAGUAAUAUGUAUUCUGUUUAAAAGAAAAGACACACCAAGUGGUCUUCCCAUAUUUAUGAAAUCUAUUCGGAACUAGUUUUAGCUUUACCAGUUUAUUUGGGGCGUUGUUUAUGUGUAACAGUCAAAAAGGCCGAAGAAUGUCAUAUAAAGCCUGUGAAGCGAAUGUUAAAUGAACGCCACUGUUUUUUUUCAUGCAAAUGUACCCGAAAUGUCCCGCUUUAGAAAUAUUACUAAUUUAUGAUACACCAUAAUAUUUAUCUCAGACUAGUAUUCUUCCACCCCGACGUUUCACAUGUUCAACCCAUAAGGUGGCGCCAUUGCAUCGAAUUGGUCACGUCUUGGGCUUGCAGUAUAGCGCAUGCGUGAAAAGAUAACGUAUCCAAAGUCCUUGUUUAUAGAGAGUAUAUUCUUCUCGAUUGUUGGGAAGGGCAGUCGGGAUAUAGUUCCUUGUGCGAGUGUUCUGUUUAAUGAAUAUUUUAGAAAAGAUUUUAAUGAUCUGACCUGGAGUUGAUGCCAUUCUUUGUAAUGCUAGUAUGAAGGCUGUUAUUCUGGCUGCAGGGUACGGGACAAGGCUGCAGAGAGACAUUGAAAAUGAUACAACUGGGAAGUUCCAGCAUCUCAUUGGCACCCCCAAGCCUCUGCUUCCAGUCGGACACGCUGCUUUGAUAUCACACUGGAUUAAAGCUUUAAAUGAGUCUGGCUGUGUGGACGCCAUCGUGGUCGUUACUAACACCCUUUACUAUAACACAUUUGAGGAUUGGAGAGGGCAGUUUCCAAAUGUCAAGAUCCUCAGUGAUGGGACCGAAAACAACGAGGAACGUCUUGGUGCCGUUUCCUGCCUUCAACUCGCGAUCAAGCAUUUUAGAAUAGAAGACGACGUUUUAGUUAUAGGAGGGGACACUUUGUUCAAGGAGGACUUCAGUCUUUUAGAGGUGACUACCAAGUUCAAAAGACUCAAGGCAAAAUGCAGUGACAGUAAUCUGGUGCUUUCAUAUCCAUGCAGAGACGAUGAAACCACCAAAUAUGGUAUUCUGGAGCUGGAUGGAGACCAGCGGGUUUCUCAUAUGAAGGAGAAGCCGCUCCCGUCUCAGACUAAGUCCCGCAGAGCCUGUCCCUGCUUCUAUUUGUUCUCUAAGACCAGCAUUCCCCUACUGGACGUGUUCCUUCACGAAAAGCAGAUGGCAGCUAUUGAAGAAAAAGAUGCCCCAGGGAACUAUCUGUCAUGGCUGUUAUUAAGGAAACCCGUCUUCGUCCAUCAUAUAUCUGGCCGCUUCGACGUGGGAAACUUGUCAUCCUACAUGGAGUGCGAUACCUUCUUCAGAGAGAAGCUUUCUCACGUUAAGUCUUACAUGAAUUAGCGUCGUCACAUUAUCCACACGUCGGUGAACAGGCGUGAUACCGAGGUAGUACACAGGUCACUACAGGCUCUGCAGUUCAGCAAGAUGGACAGACUUCGUGCUUCUUUUACACUAACCUACAAAGUGAUGAUGCUGAACUGUUCAUGCUGUGCUACUUUAAAAGACUGUACACAAUUUUUAAAUUAUUUUAAUGAUCGAUGAAACAAAAAGAAAAUAUAUAAUAGUAUAAUGAAUGGAAAGUAAUGGAGCAUAAAAUAUUCCCCCUCGGAUCAGUAAAAUAUAGGUACCGAUUUGAUAACGAAAGGCUUUUAUGGAAAGAUUUCUGAAUGUGAAGAAUCCAGGGAAUGACUCAUGUAACAGAGUCUGCUGCAUUUGUCGGACGCCUUCUCGCGGCCGUUCUCCAGCUUGGCGAUGCGGGAGCCGAACUGCAUGGCCCUCUUGGGCAGCAUGGCUGAGGCACACAGCCCCAGCUGCCGGGCUGCCAGCCUUAGCAGCAGCUUCUCCCCCAGCCCCCGGGGCAGCGAGAGCUCUGCCUUCUCCCACACCGGUAGGCCGUUCAGGAAGGAGACCACCUCCUCAUCCAGAUAGGGGAACCUGAAACCAAAGGACAUUCACCACCCUCAACACAAGAUUCAAGAAUCUGUGGGGCGAGAAGAUACUGGAUGGCAGAUCCAUUUUGAAAUUGCUACCUUUAGAGAUAUUAAAAAUAUAGAAUAUCUCUGCAAACAAUAUAUAACUCUAAUAAAUUAAAACAAUUUAACUGUAAAAAUCAACAAUCA